GACGUCUUGGUUUGGACAGGAACAUAAAGGUGGUGGGCCGGCCGUCGAACAUGCCGCAGGCGCAGGCCGUCAUCGACGAGAUCCAGGAAGAGGCGAAGCAGUACAACCGCAUCUACGUGGCCUCCGUGCACCCCGAGCUCACCGAGGACGACAUUAAGAACGUGUUCGAGGCGUUCGGGCCGAUCACGUACUGCAAGCUGGCGCACGGCACGUCGGCGCACAAGCACAAGGGCUACGGCUUCAUCGAGUACGCCACGCUGCCCGCCGCGCUCGAGGCCAUCGCCUCCAUGAACCUCUUCGACCUCGGAGGACAGUACCUGCGCGUGGGGCGCGCCAUAACGCCGCCCAACGCGCUGGCCGGCCCGCCCGCGUCCUCCGCCAUGCCCACCGCCGCCGCCGUCGCCGCGGCCGCCGCCACCGCCAAGAUCCAGGCCAUGGACGCCGUCGCCAGCAACGCCGUCGCGCUCGGCCUCACUAAGCUAAACGCGCUCGGCGUGCCGCCCGCCGCCGCGCUGCCCACGCUGGCCGCCGCGCUGCCCGUCACGCUGCCCGUGGCGCUGCCCGUGCAUCACAUAAACUUGGAUAAUAAAGUGGUGGUGCACAAGAAUGGUGCCUUGCUGCCAGUGAUGCCAACACCAUCAAGAUUCCUCAUCUAUGGCGAGCGGCUGGGGCUGAUGCAGUCGCUGGCGGGGCUGGCGGCCGUGCUGUCCAAGUUCGACGUGAGCCCGGCGCCGGGCGCGCCGCGCCACCCCGUGCUCAACCCCGCCGGCGGCAUCGUGCAGAGCGUGGUCGGAGGCAUCCCACUCGUGUUCCGCGAGCGCUCCGCCCCACACUAG